AUGAUCAAUCCUGACGACUACUCGAUUGUUUGGCUCAGUCCACUGCCCAUAGAGACCGCUGCGGCUUUAUUUAUGCUCGAUGAGCAUCACCACGGAGCAGUGAAUCGUCAACAAGGCCAGACAGUGGAAUAUCACUUCGGCAGAAUAGGCCAGCACAAUGUUGCGAUUGCUGGCUUUCCCAGUGGGGAAGUCGGCAUCGGCAAAGCGGCUGCAAUGGCGGAAGCUGCUGUGAGAGACUUUAAGAACUUGGAACUCGGCCUCCUUGUUGGCAUCGCUGCUGCCAUUCCCUCUGAGAAACACGAUAUACGACAUGGAGAUGUUGCAGUCGCGGACCCUGCAGGAAACUAUCCGGGCGUAGUUGACUACGACAUGUUGAAGGUAUUCCCUGGCGGUGAACUCCAAAAGCAAUGGAUGGAAGCUACUCACCCGCUGUGGAGGAGUGUGAUUUCCAAGAUCCAGGCUCGUUCUACUCUCAGCGGCCAUGCAUUUCAUGAACAUCUGAAGGCUUUUGACUGCCCAACGGGGAAGAAAUUUCAACAACCAUACGAUCCAGUUCCUCUCCACAGUGCCUUUCGGAACGUCAGGCGGCAGACCGAUGGCCCAAGUGUCCAUUAUGGGACUAUCCUAUCAGGCAACAAAGUGAUUCGCGCUUCCGAGUUCAGGGAUCGGCUUAAGGAGAAAUACGGAGACGCCGUCGCGAUCGAAAUGGAAGCUGCUGGGGUUAUGACUACCCUACCGGUUGCUGUCAUUCGAGGAAUUAGCGACUCUGCUGACCCCUUGAAGAAUGACGAUUGGCAUGCAAGGGCGGCAGCUGUUGCAGCCGCCUAUGCAAAAGAAAUGCUGCUGCAGUUGUCACCAAAAGCAUCUUUUAACAAGAUCCAGGAAACUAAAAAUGUUGCUCGCAUCAGGGGGCAACUGCCAAAAUCAUGGGACUUUUGCGGUCGAGAAGAUCAGCUCAAACUCAUUGGCAUGCACCUAGAUCCUGGCAACCAGAAGCCCUUUGAAAAAUCUGUUCUGGUCCUUUCUGGUCUUAGUGGCGCUGGGAAGUCUCAAUUGGCAGCUGCCUAUGUCAAAAACCAACUUUCCCUAAACUCAGCGCGAGAUAUAAUCUGGGUAAAUGGUCGAGACCGGCACGCCUUCAAGACAGACGUUGCGCAACUUUAUCAGCCAGAACAGAUUAUCCGGAUUUCCACGGAUACUCAACUCGCAGAAGAUACUGACAAGCAGGCUUCGGAACUCGUUGACUCUUUCCUUGAAGAACUGAACCGCCCUGGAAACACCGGAUGGCUCAUGGUUGUUGACGACGUAACACUCUGGAGUUCACGCCAUGUUUCUUCUCAAGAUUCUCUAGACAUCAAUAUCUACCUUGACAGAAUUCACCAAGGAUCCAUCCUGGUGACUACGAAUCGCCAGAAUUGGCUGGUGGAUCAUGAGAUUGUUCUGCAAAUUGGUGGCCUUGAAGCCAGAGCGGCUACGGAGCUUCUGACAUCAAAGCUCCGUGGCCACUUUGUCAAACAUGAAGAACUGCAGGAACUCUGUCGAAUGCUCCAUGGGCUACCACUCUCGCUAAGACUUGCAAUUACCUACAUACGCCGACGUGGAGUUAGGGUUGUCGACUACAUCAACAUGUGGAGAGAACGCAAGCUCGACGACUCGCUAUCCGUUGUCGAUCCAGCUUUGGUGCACACGAUGACACUAUGCUUCGAAGAGCUCGAGUCCCGCAAUGCAACUGCUAGCAAAUUAUUAACUUUGUUCGGAUUUCUAGAUCACAAGAACUUGUCGUUUGACCUUUGCUCAAAGGCAGAAUCUCCUGAUCUUCCCAGCUGGCUCCUUGCAGUGGGUGAAGACAGGCGGUUGUUCGACGAGGUGAUCGAAAUUUUGGUUGAUCUGUCAUUCAUCCAACCCAAUAUUGAUGACGCUCAGGCUAUAUCAUACUCGAUCCAUCCGGCAGUCCACGCAUUUGCACGCAAUCGAGCAGCAACCAAUAAAGAUGAGUAUGUAUCUUGGGCAGUGUCGCUCGUCACUGAUAACGUACCUCGCUCUCUGGAGAAUGACUAUUGGAGAAAAGCGCGAGCACUGGCCUCUCAUGCGGAUCAUUGUAUGGCUUACAUCAGAGCAGGGUCGUUCCAGCCGCAAUUCCUUGAACGAAUCGGUGCCUUGUUCCGGUUUUUGGGCAGGUAUGAUGAAGCUUCUCAGCUCUACAUUGUCGUUCUUCAAUGUAUGUCGCCUCAACGAGAGGCAUUCUUGGAAACGAUCGCACAGGUCCUUAACGAUCUUGGACUUGUCUACUAUGGUCAACGCAAGUUCGACAUGGCCGUCAAAACCUUUCGGGACAGCAUAUCUUCCUAUUCUCAACUUCCCGGGCCUCUUGAUGGCCCGAGUACCGACACAUUGAUGUGUAUUUUCUUCAACUACGGCAAUGCUUGUCGCAUGACGCAAGAUCUCCAAACCGCAGAGGUUGCUUUCAAUCGCGUGUAUGACUAUUUUCAUCACAAGAGUCGGCAGCAUGGCAUCCAUUUAGCCCCGUGGGCCGAGAUAAUUGUCGCGCGGGUGCUCAAUGCCCUGGGGGAGCUGUGUCUUGAGCGCAAUGAAACGCAAGAAGCCAUGAAAAAAUUCCGGGAGGCGCUUUCACUUCAAAAGAAGCACUUGGAGGACGCCCACAGCAUCAUCCUCUCCACUGAGCUCAACCUUGGACGUGCUUACACCGACCUGGAAAGCUAUUCUGAUUCAUGUCAAAUCUUCAAGGACUUGUUGGAAAAAUACGCCGAGCAGUUGGGGUCGGAUCAUGACGUGGUGGUCACCGUGGCAGACGAGUUAGCCCGAGCAAGCAUGGGACAUGGCCAAAUGAUGACAGAUUCCCAAUCGUCUGACAAUAGUGCACGCGAAGCAUUUAAAGAAGCAGAACGACUCUGGCUAGACAACCUUAGUUUCUACAGUGAAAGGUACGGCGCCGGGUCUGAGGAUGCACUUCGAACCAAAGCGAACAUUGCACUGCUCCAGUCGAUUACCGGUGAGCUUCGUAUGGCAAGACGUAACAUGCUACAAGUCUUCCAACGCGCGACGAAAUCAGCACAGAAGGUCAAAGCGCAAUGCGACUUGGCUCUUAUCUGCCAGCAAAUGGGCGACCACGAAGUAGCGAAGAUCAACUUCAGCCAAGCCAUUGACGCGAGUAUGUCACUUUCGGAGCCGAGCAGGACGCGCGAGUUGUAUCGCUGCAUGUACCAUCAAGCGCGACUAUACCUGAGUCUUGGGGAUCAGGCGACGUACAAGCGAAUCCUCAGCGAUCUCACCGCGCGGUCGCCUGCAGAAGUGAACGAGUGGUACGAACGAGCUCGGUCUGAACUAGGUCCCACGAGCGGUGUGGCCACCACGAGUUACAGCAAUUUGAAUGUAACCCCACAACUAUCGCAGCCACCCGAACAACGAGGCCGAACCAGGAAGUGGUAA